AUGUCUGUGUAUAUCCGGAAGAACCCCCUGGAGAUUCCUCCACCAUCUGAGAGGGACUGGCUAAAGGACGAGGAGGAGAAUUUCUUCCUGCAGGAUCCUGAUCGAAAGCGUGCUGCCUUGCCUCAGCCCUUCAGGAUGAUCAACAAACUGGUGAUGCUGGUUUUUGAGAAUGCUAUGGAAAUCAUUGAAAGAAGGGAGAUGCUCCAAGAAGCACAAAAACUGAAGAUUCAGCCCACAAAAUGCUUUCCUACAGCUGAAUUCCAGGUAACUGGAAGAGCCAAUUGCCUUGCAGUGUCUGGGACACACAUCUUUGUUGGUCUGUCCGUGGGUCUGGCUGCUUUCAAGGUGUCUGACUGUAAGGAGCUCUGUGCCUGGGAUGCAGCCAGCACAGAGAUUUGUGCCAUCCGUGCUUCGCAUUUGGGGACUGAGUGCCACGUCCUGCUUGCUGUGGAUGAAAUGGGACUCGUCUGGCUCUUCUGCUUUCACAAGGAAAGCUUCUUGCUCAUUAAAAUCCUAAAUGAAGUGGAGGAUAUCAGUAUGCAAAGCACUUGUGUGGAGGUGGUGCUGUCCCCAGGAGGUGAUUACACAGGAGUCCUGCUGCAAGACAGCACAAAAGCUUGGCUGGAGAUCUACCAAUUGCCUAAGGAUUCCUGGCUGAAGGAGAUGGAAAAGAACUCAGGAGCUGCAGCAGGGCUGGUUUGCAGGGAGAGGAGGUCAAGCUGGACAUCUGUGAAGUCUCAUGUGUCUGCAAACAAUGCUGAUGCCAAGCUGAGCCUCCCGGUGCUGCUGCUGAAGGUGAAGCCACAUAAACCCAUUACAGGCACUAGUUUUAAAAGUCCUUUGGAUGCCCUGAAGGAAGUGGAUGAUGACAGCAUGCUUGGCUUGGGGUACAAUCACCUAAUCAAGGCCUCCCAGUGGGAGCAGCAUGAAGCAAUCUUCUGCAGCACUUACCAGGAGUAUCUGGAGGUGAUGGAUGAGACAGAAUGCAAGGAGGAGCCCCCCAGACAUGCUACUUUUCACUUUCUUUUGCCUAGCUGGAUCCUACAGUUAGGACCUGAAAUCAAAGUCCAGCCAGAUGUUCCAGCUGGCAUCAGUGUGCACUGGGAUGGAAGCCACAAUCUCUGCUUCUACUCACUUCAUCCACUCAAGGGGAGAGCAGAUUCUGAUCCAAAACCUGAUGUGGUGUGGCCAUGUGCAGCUCCAGUUGUGUGCUCUGCUGUUAGCUUCUGCUCCAGGUACCUGGCACUGGCAUGUGAAGAUGCAACAAUAACUAUCUGGGAUAAGCACCUAGGAUACCCACUGUCUGUGACUACCAUUCUAGAGGAACGUCUCAUCCGUAGUGUCCACUUCCUGAGGAGCUCUGCAGCUGCCAGUGAUGGUGCAGAUCCUGCCUGUCCCACUGUGACACCUUGUCCUGGUGCAGAUCCUGCCUGUCCCACUGUGACACCUUAUCCUGGUGCAGAUCCUGCUUGUCCUGUGGUACAGCUCCUGGUGCUGUGUACAGACAGCUCUUUCUAUUUGGUGAAAGCACCCAGGGCUGGGAAGUCCAGCAUCAUGCUUCUGGCAGACAGGCCUGAAGAUCCAGAGCUUGCGGUCAGCGCGGUGGUGCCUGUCCUGGCACUCCCCAGUGCAGUGAGUUUGCUGUUUAAGGUUCUGGUCUUCUCCUGGGAUGGCAAGGUGUCCCUGAUGAACACUGCCACAUCACAGAUGGUUUGCAGCUUCACUACUCCACCUUCUCACACUGUAGCAUCCCCCUGGCAGCCAGUGUUCAGCAUGGAUGGGGUGAAUGGCUGCUUGCUGCUUCGAGGAGAUAAGCAGCAGCAGCAGCAGGCAGAUGCACUGGCGCAGAGCAGUGCCAACCACAGCACCAUCUUCCUUUUUGACUUCAACUCCUACCCACUGAAGGAGGCUUUCCCAAAGGAGCCAGAUUUGCCUCUCAGAUCCUUACAGGACCUGCCUUGGCUGGAGAGAUGUAACAAGUUCUUGUGUGAUAGGUAAGGGACCCUCCUGCCUGAGAGGCAGCAGAAGCUGCUGGAAAGUGAAGAGGAGUUAUCUGAGUACUGGAGCUGCCUGCAGGCACAAGCAGCUGCCAUGGACAAGGAAAGAGAGAAGAUGAGGGGCCAGAAGAAGCCAUAG